CUAUAGCCUGACCUUUGACCUUUGACCUUUGACCCGUCCUUCAUGACCCUGGGGUUUGGACUUUCACAUUCGUCCUGUUCAGAUCUGGACGUGUCUCCCGGCUCACGGGGUCCCCGUGUCCCCUCGCCUCCUCGCGCCCUCGCUCCUCGCCUCACCACCUCCUCGUGCCCUCGCCUCCUCACCUCCUCAUCUCCUCACCUCCUCGCCUCACCGCCUCCUCGCGCCCUCGCCUCACCGCCUCCUCGCGCCCUCGUCUCCUCACCUCCUCGCGCCCUCGUCUCCUCGCCUCCUCGCGCCCUCGCCUCACCGCCUCCUCGCGCCCUCGUCUCCUCGCGCCCUCGUCUCCUCGCCUCCUCGCGCCCUCGUCUCCUCGCGUCCUCGCCACCUCGGUGUCGCCUCCUCGUCUCCUCGUGUCCUCGGCGUGGCGCCCUCGUUGUCGUCUCCUCGCCUCCUCGCCUCCUCGUCUCCUCGUGUCGUGGGCGUGGCGCCCGGCGCUCUGAGCUCAGGUUGGGGGUUAGAUUCCUGGACCUGUAGACGAGUUUCUCGCUGUUUGUAUCGAUGUUCUGAAUUUUCUAAGUUUCUGAAUCAUUUUGUCCUGUACAAAGUUUAUAUCAAAUGGAACGAAAAGAAGUUAUGAAACAAUAAACUUUCCUCUGUUCA